CUCUAGUUCACGGCCAAGUUGACGGAGUUCAACACACAGCGCCGACGAAACUGGUUCUGUAUUUCACCGGCGCUACCAAUAUCCUCUACACUUUCGGUGGACACGCUGUUACUGUGGAAAUAAUGCAUGCGAUGUGGAAACCACAGAAAUUCAAGUACAUAUACUUGCUGGCAACACUGUACGUGUUCACGUUAACGCUUCCGUCGGCAGCUUCUGUGUACUGGGCUUUCGGUGACCAGCUUCUCAACCACUCCAACGCCUUCUCCCUUCUUCCCAAGAACGGCUUUCGUGAUGCCGCCGUUAUCUUGAUGCUCAUUCACCAGUUUAUAACAUUUGGGUUCGCAUGUACGCCUUUGUAUUUUGUGUGGGAGAAGGUGAUAGGAAUGCAUGACACCAAGAGUAUAUGCUUGAGAGCGCUGGCGAGGUUGCCUGUGGUGAUACCGAUUUGGUUUCUGGCCAUAAUCUUUCCAUUCUUUGGGCCUAUCAACUCCGCCGUUGGUGCUCUCUUGGUUAGCUUCACCGUCUACAUUAUCCCUUCUCUUGCUCAUAUGCUCACCUACCGGAAAGCCUCUGCUAGACAGAAUGCUGCGGAGAAGCCUCCUUUCUUCCUACCAAGUUGGACCGCAAUGUUUGUGAUCAAUUCGUUUAUUGUCGUGUGGAUACUUGUGGUCGGGUUUGGGUUCGGUGGUUGGGCCAGUAUGACCAAUUUCAUCAGGCAAGUUGACACGUUCGGCCUCUUUGCCAAGUGUUAUCAGUGUAAGGCGCCUCCUUCAGCUGCUCCUGCUCCCAAACAUCAGUAGUAAACCAAGUCUUAAUUAUGAUGAAGAACCGGGUUGGGCCAAACCCGUCCACAA